AUGAAUCAGGCGCGGUUUUCAUUGGCAUGGGAUCAUUAUGAAAAAAAUAUUUGCAAUGGACUGAGUGGUCUCCAACAGAACGGAGAAUUAGUCGAUAUGACUUUAGCAGCUGAUGGACAUUUCGUGAAAGUACAUCAAGUUGUCAUGGCUCUUGCAAGCCCUUUCAUCAAGCAGCUGAUCUCUUCGGCAAAUUGUCCACAUCCUGUCAUCUUUCUAAACAAAAUAUCACAUUCUACACUUGGCUUAUUAUUGGAAUACAUCUACACUGGAGAAGUACUGAUAGCUUUUGAAAAUUUUGACGAGUUUGUUGAGGCAGGGCAAGAGCUGCAUAUCAAAGGCCUGGAAAAUAUGAGAUCACAAUCACACCAUGUCCUUAAAGAUCAGAUCACAAACACACAGAGCGUUACACCAGAUGAUGUUGAUGAACAAGUGUGUUAUUUUGAGAUAACCAACCAAACGGAGGAAGACCAAUCAGAUUUAGACCUAAAAGACUCCAAUUUAGUUGAUAACACCAAAGCUAUAAAACUAAUAGUCCGAGAAUCAUUAGACAAUGAAAAUGUUGAAGAUAAUUAUGACACAAGUUUAAUGGAUCAAAUCAUAGACAAAGGCACUUAUGACCCACUGAAAGCGGUUGAUACAAAAAAUGUGCGCGUGAUGCAAUACACAGUGACCAACCAGGGCUCGUUGCAAAUGAUCCUGAAUCGGUUUCUGUAUUACUUGAAGCAUUCGAAUAGAAACAGUACGCGGCAGUGGCGCUGCGUCGACUACCUGACCAGCGUCAAGUGUCCCGCCCACGUGGUUACUAAAGACGACAUGGUCAUACAAAGGAUCUCAGCACACACACAUCCCUUUCACGACAAGAAGAUACUGAAAAAAGUAAAAGACGGCGCUAUAUUUUCCGCCAUACAAGAAGCUGAAAUAGAAGGGGCGUCGAAGAGAAGAAAAACCGAAGCCUUAAAUGCUACUAAAGAAAUGCAUACUGAAUAA